CGCCAUUAUUGAGUGGACAACUAACUUCCAGUAGUCCCCAUAUCAGGAAUCAUUGGUUUCUGGAUCUUAGAAUAACAAGAUCUCGAUAACAUGACUGGAUCAAAAGUCUUGGUUGUCAUAAUCUGGAUUUUAACAGGUGCUGUCAGCAACAAGUGGGAAAUUAAGAUGCCGCAGCAUAUUGAUGCAAUAAGUGGCUUCUGUGUUCAAAUCCCAUGUCGGUUUGAGAUUCCCGACUCGUUCAAAGGGUCCCUAAACAAAUCUGUGGAGGCAAUGUGGAGAAAAAGUGACAUCAGUGGGUUAACUGUUUUCAGUUCAAAAACCGAGGUGUCGUCACGUAUAAAAGGAAGAGUGAUUGGCAACAUCACAAGCAAAAAUUGCACCACAGUGUUUCACAAUUUUCCUGAUGGAUUCAAUGAUACAUAUUUCUUCAGACUUCAUGGUCCUGAACCGCUGUUAUACACAUUUCAGCAAGGAGUGAACAUUAAAGUUCAUAAAGACUUAUCCCCGCCUACCUUGACCCCUUAUGCCAAGAUUCUGGAAGUUCACGAGGGCACCAAGGUGACCUUGACCUGUUCCACUGUACUGCCAUGUCCCUCUCAACAACCUCUGAUGCAAUGGAGCCCACUACUAGCAGAACAGCUCACACCAAGCCUGCAGGUGGAUGAAUCUGGACAGACACUGUUGGUUUCCUCUCAGAUGUUCAAUGCAACACCUAUAAAUGACCAGCUUAAAGUAUCCUGCUCUCUUUUGUACAACUCCCAUGUUGCUAAAAGACUAGUGGAGACCACCACUACCCUCAGAGUGUUGUAUGCUCCUAGAAACACCAUAGCCAGGUUAAGUCCUUCAGGUCCAGUGACUGAGGGGAUUGUGUUGACGCUGAGCUGCCAUAGUGAAGCCAACCCUGCUGUUCAGCGCUAUGAGUGGUACAAAGAUGUUGGGCCUGGGAAUCUCAUGUUGAAGGAUCAGGGACAGAAUCUAACAGUGAAAGCCAGUGGUAAUGCUCAGGGUCUGUAUGUCUGCAAGGCCUACAACAACCAUGGGACCGACCAAUCGAUGGCUGUUGCUGUGGAGUUAAAAAGUUGCCAGUGCUCCAUAGAACCAUAUAUCAUGUGUGGACUUCUGACAUUUUUAUUAAUUCUAAUAACUGCAGUUGAUUUGGUCAAAUACAAAAGCUUAUUAAAAAGACUCAAGCAGGUUGAAGUUAUGAGAGAACCUAUGACAUAUGCCACCCUACAGAAGUCCAAUGAUUCCUCAGUGUACAAUAUAAUACAGGCAUGGCGGAGGGAAGACAUUUCAUGGAAAUUGUAGCACAUCUUGUUAUGACAAUAUCACUAUACCAUUAUUUGCCAUGUCCAGAUAUAAGCAAGUCUCUGCACUCAAAUAUAUAUAAAAGACUACAUUGUACUUCAACAACUGUUAUUUUCUGGGAUGGAGAUUUCAUACAGUACAUUAAGGCAAGGAUAAUGUGUAUACAUACAAAGUGUAGUGUUAUACAAGUACAAUGCAUGUGCUUGAUGCAUUAUGGACCUCUGCAUACUUCUUUUUGCUGCAGGCAAGUGCUAGCAGAAUGGAAGCGGAUUAUGAAAACCGAAACUGUGGCAAACAUUAGCUUUAUUCAAAGCUAUGAUUUUGUUCUCCAGACACAAUGUGCUGUAGCGCUCAUGUGGAAGAUGUGGAUUCCAAUCUGGCCUUCAUCAUGUCUCGAUUCUUCUCCCAAUCCCUUUCUUGUUAUAUCUCUGCUUUUGGUAUUUUUCCUGAACUAUUGAAUAAUUAUUCCUCAUACUAACCACACACAAAUCACAUGCAGUACUGCAUCUCUCUUCUCUCCCCUUCAGAAUACAAUUCUUUGAAAUGUUUUUCUGCUGCAUCUUUAUGUACAAUAUAUUUCAUAUCUAGUGUUCGUGUAUUGUGUACAGACAGCCUAAUCUAUUGUGCAAUCAUUUAAAACUAACAAACUUCUUUUCUUUUCCAAUGUUUUGCUUGAAAAGUGUGCUUGCGCAAUCUUUCUUAAAACAAAUGCUACUUAGUUUGAUAUUUGGUAAUGCAAUGAUAUUCACAUAUUUUCAAGUGUCCAAAUACUUUUUGAAAACACUGUAUGUUAUAUUGGUUGAGGUGUUGUGCUGUUGUUCUUAAUCCUUGAAUUCAAGAGCUGAUCAUAACCAGUUUUUAAAGACUUAAAAUCUUUGAAAACAAAGAUAUAUGAGGCAUUUUUUCCUCUCAAUUGCUUGCAGUUACUCAUUUAGUCUCUCUCUCUCUCUCUCUCUCUCUCUCUCUCUCUCUCUCUCUCUCUCACUCUCACUCUCUCUCUCGUAUUCUUUACAUUCCGUUAGUCAUUGAAAAGCAGAUUAGAGAUGAAAAAUGGUGUGAUGAAAAUGGAAAUCCCUCUCCCCUUUUAGUCACUUAUGUAUGUGUGGAUAGCAGUGUGUUUGUGCAUCAUUGGAAAUUAUUACUGGAUGACUGUUACUGGUGAAUUAAACUUGAGUAAGAGGUCGUCUUUUUGUUUAUUUCCAUCUGCAAGAGCAAAGAUUCAUAACUUAAAAUAGCUGAUUAAUAUGACAAACUUUUAACACGAGGCAAGAAAGGAUGAACAUUACGUAUUAUGAAUUACGUGCAACAUGUUAAGACAUUUUAAUGAGGCACACCGACAAUAUUUUUUCAAUCAUGAUCAGAUUGAACAAAAUUAUCUGAAUGGCUCAUGAUGCUUCAAAGAAUGACGUAGAAAUGUAAAAUCUUUCUGACUCAUAUAGUCACAUAUAAUGGGGUCAAAUGAAGUUCUAGACAGUGCUCUUUACAGUUAUUCUGCAGUCUAUGUGAGCAUAUAGCAUUUGGAAACAAUUAACUAUAGAGAGUUGUGAUGUAAACACUUUAGACAAGGGCAGAUUCAGGCUCUGAUUUUCUCUCAGUAAAAGCUUUCAUAUUCAUACACGUAAAGGAUGAGGGAAAAAUAAAGAAAUUAAGUCUCCAGUAGCUGGCUGAAACAUUGAGUUAGGUGUAAUGCAUCCAAAAUAAGUUGUUGGUUUUUUAUUAGUACAAAUGUCUAGUCUUGUUUAAACUGUGUAAGUUUACAGGAGCGGUGGUGGUGUAGUGGUCUAAGCACAUAACUGGUAAUCAUAACUGGUAAUCUGGUAAUCAGAAGUACACUGGUUCGAACCCCACAGCCACCACCAUUGUGUCCUUGAGCAAGGCACUUAACUCCAGGUUGCUCUGGGGGGAUUGGCCCUGUAAUAAGUGCACUGUGAGUCGCUUUGGAUAAAAGCGUCUGCCAAAUGCAUAAAUGUAAAUGUAAUGUACAGACACUCCCCUCAACUUCCACUGGAUGCUCAAACAGAUAGCCCUGCCUCCUAACUUGUGGCAUGAGUUGUAAAGAUGCUGGUGAAUGUUAAAUUAAAUGUUUUGCAAUUUUUGGGUAAAUCAAACUACAAAUGGCUUACAUACAUACAUACAUAUAUCUAUAUAUUAGGGCUGACGAUUUAACGAGCUAAUUCAGUGCGAUUAAUUUUUAUUAAAAAUAAUGCGUUAAAAAAAUGUACGCAAUUAAUCGCAAUGCCCCUAGACCAUAAUAAGGAAGAUGAGAAAAGCAUGCUUGUAGUGCAGGGCAGUAGGUGAAACUUCAGCUGUAUGGGCAACGUGCAGUUUAUACAAUGAACAAGACAACCAUCCAGCAGGUAGCACAACACAAAGCUGCGUUACGUUCUUGUGUUCAAAACACUUGAUGGAGUGCAAAUUCGAUCUAUGGGAUCUCAAGAUGUGUUUUAAUUAUGAAACUAUAUUUAACUUGACACAGUGACCUAAACAUUUUAUGUUUAUGACGUAAUGCACCCGAGACGCUACACAAGCAUGUCUGAAGCAGGUGUACAUUAACGGGUCUUUAAACAAGCCCUCAUAUUAAAUCUCCAACUGAUUGACAAAUUCACUUAUGAAAUGGAUUGCUGUGAACUGUAUGCCAAUGAUUGUCUUAUGAUCAAUAAUAUGGUAGUAAACAAUACAUUGAAUUCUAUAGCCGCUUUUUGUAUUGUCUUAUCAAUGAUUAACUCUUCUGCUACAAGAUUGUAUUGCAUUUUAAUUAUCUGAAUAUAUAUAUAUAUAUAUAUAUAUAUAAUUUAUCAAUAUUUAAAGAUAACUAUGUAUAAUUAUUUCAUCAUUAUAUAUUUAAUAAUAUUUAUAUGAGGGGCUUUCUCAGCAAAUAUUUGUGUAUGCGAUUAAUUGUGAUUAAUUAAUUGGGACACCAUGUAAUUAGUUAGAUUAAAUAUUUUAAUCGAUUGACAGCCCUUAUAUAUGUACACAAGGGUGAGUGAAUAAUGACAGAAUUAUAUUUGUAUUAUUUAAUUUGCAAUACAAUUCUAUAUAUACAGAAUUCUACAAAUUCUAUAAAUUCAGUUUUACAGUAAGACACAAACAAUAUUAACAUGUCUGAAUGGAAAAACUAAAUCCUUCAAAUGCAUACACUAACAUCCCAGCUUUAUAUUUCAAUGCCUAUAAACUAUAUGAACUUUAAGGGGUUAAGUGUCACAGAAUAAUAACAAUAAAAAAGGUUCCCCAAUGAUGUCACAAAUGGCCAGAGACUCAUUGAUGAUGGCAGAUGAUUGGAUCAUCCCUGAAAUAUGUGUGUUUGAGCAAGUCUGUGUCUGUGAGUGCAUAAUGAGACAUGCAGUCACUGAAGACUGGUACAGCCUAACCAAAACUAGCCUGUCCGGGCCUGUUGGCCUACAUCACUCAAAACAUAAGUAGUGGUAGCUGGACACAUUUUGAUCAUUCACUGUUAUCGCAAAAUUUACUUUUACUGGAAAGAGUGUGUUUUGCCAAAUGGACAUUACAGUGUUACACCACAUAAAUGGUAAUACUGUGAGUUAUUAAAACAACUGGCUUCUGUACCACUGGAUAUGUUUCAAGAUUCCCUCUUUUCACUGAUGUUGGACAUUCUUGCAUGUAAUCUCACCCCUUCCUCCUGUCCCAGUGCCAACCAAUCUCCUAAUAAUUUAACCACAUCCUGGUUUUCCAAUUUCUAUGCUUUUACCUCUUUAUAAUGUUUCCUUUUUCAACAGAACAGAACAAAAAAUGUAUAAUAUUUUUUCAACAGUUAGUUCCGGUACUCUAAUCUCAUCGAACAAACAGUGUAGUGAUAAUGCUGAUAUACACUGAGCACUUAAUUAGGAACACUUUGGUCCUUAUAAAGUGGCCGACAUGGUCUUCUGCUGUUGUAGCCCAUCCACCGCAAGGUUCGUCAUGUUGUGCAUUCUGAGAGUGAUUAUCUGAUUAUCUUAGUUACUGUAGCCUUUCUGUCAGCUCAAACUAGUCUGGCCAUUCUCUGUUGACCUCUCUCAUCAGCAAGGCAUUUCAGUCUGCAGAACACUGGAUAUUUUUUUUAGCACUAUUGUGAAUAAACUCUAGGGACUGUUGUGCGUGAAAUUCCCAGGAGAUCAGCAGUUACAGAAAUACUCAAACCAGCCCGUCUGGCACCAACAAUCAUGCCACGGUCGAAAAUAAUGAGAUCACAUUUUUUCCCAUUUUGAUGGUUGAUGUGAAGCUCUUGACCCAUGUCUGUAUGAUUUUAUGCAUUGCAAUGUUAAAAAUAUUGUGUCUUUUUUUAAGUUAUUCUAUAGAAACUUCUUGCUGAUAGAACUGUUAUUACUGCUACAUUUGUGCCUGUGGUGGCUCAGCAGUUAAGGCUCUGGGUUACUGACCAAAAGUUUGGGGGUUCAAGCCCCAUCACUGUCAAGAUACCACUGUUGGGCCCUUGACCCUAUCAGCUCCAGGGGGUGCUGUUUCAUGGCUGACCCUGUGCUCUGACCCCAGCUUAGUUGGGAUAUGUGAAAACCACUGCAUUUCAUUGCCUCUGUACCUGUACUCUGCACAAUGACAAUAAAGUUGAAUCUUAAAUAAAAGCAAUUAAAUACUUGUAAAUAUCUCAUUUUGUUUUAGUCAAUACAACAGCAUUCUUGCUUAUGUGAAAUUGCUAAGUUAUCAGACAGAUCACACUGUAAAUUCGGCGACAGUAAGUCUAAAUUUACUGCUGAAAUUAAGCAUGUUGUUGAACAUAUGAGCACAUGUGAGCUCCAGUUUCUGGGUGAAAUGUCCAAAGAAUGGCGCCAAAUGCAAGUAGUACAUUUUGUUGUAAACGAUGUAAUAUAGUCA